ACAUGAUUUAUUCUGCCUUCAGCAGCAUCAGCUCUGCAGUCAGGAUGCAUCUCCCUAUUUUGACUGCAGUCCUUCUUGGACUCAUCCUGACUCCAGCCCUUGCUGAUUAUCAUCAACAGACUGAAGUAAGCAAAAAAAUCUCCAUUGGUGGAACUUACCAAAUUAUGACCAUCAAUAAGAAAUGGCUGGUGGCAAGUAUUGAGCAAAAGACCAGCUAUGGGUACUGGAAAACCAUCUGGAACUAUGACACAGGCUUUAUGGCAACCAAAGUGCUGCCAGAGAGAGCUUGCUACAUUUCCAUAAUGAACAGAACAGAGAUGCCCAGCUUUGAUUCUCUUCCCCAGCUGGCUGCAGACAUCAGGAACCAGAAUCAUCCAAGAACCCCUACAAAGGAGAUCACAUUCACCCUUGUGAAGAGAGUUAUUCGUGACCUUGAAUCAUAUGGUCCAGACAUCUUCUCUACGUGCAAAGGGCUCUCAACUUAUGUGGCUUAUGAGGUUCAUGGACCCCAAUUCAAUCUUGGCUCAUGCAUCAAGCUUGAUGUCCUUCAAUAUUUGGCCCUCACCUACUGCCAUAAUGGUGACUUUGUGUAAAUCAUGCCUUUCCUGAGCCUUGUGGGGAUGCUCAGCCCUGCUGGAGUUACUGCCUGGCAUCUCUUCCUUCAAGAGGUUCCUUCCUGAGGAUUGAGGACUGGAACAGAUCAGUUGGUGAGCAGAGCUAUCAAUUAAAUUCCUUCAUCAUGGAA